AUGCCUGUCCAGAAACGAGCCACGGCUCUUGCACAAGGAUCCAGAUCCAGGCGUCAGUACGGCUCUUGCGACCAGUGCAGAAAGUCCAAACGAGCAUGCGAUGCACUAUGCCUGGAUCUGACUAGACGAACAUUGGUCAAUAACGUUGAUGGCCAGCGACCAUCCUGUUCGUACUGUGCCAGAACAAAUAAACGAUGUACUAUGGAAUGGGCACGAUCACAAGCUCAAUCUACUCUGAGAUCUCCUCGCCAAUACCCCCUUUCUGGGCAUGGAAAUCGAGAUCUUCUCUUCCCAUGGAAGUCCAAUGAACUUCAGGCUACAACUGGAUUUGAAACAUGGAACAAUCUACUCGAACCCAAUUCGAUACAGGAGCAUAUGACUUGGGAGUCGGAGUCAGCCAGUGUGAAUAUGUCGGGGUCGUUACUUGAUAAUAAUUCAAUGCUGCUCGGUUCCGUGCUCAACAAUACCGAGACUUCACAGGUAAUGAUGCAUGCAGAGACGCCUGGUGCAUCAGCAUCUACACGAUCUGCGUUUGAUCUCAUGCCACCAUACUUCUCUAGUCCCCCAAAUACCUCUGCACAACCACCCUCGGACCUCGAAAUUGAUCCAAUGUACCAACAAAUGUGGCUGGCUUCCCAAACUUCCCAGGAAUCUCAAACAUACAGUAGACUCGGAUCCGCCCCGUCCCAAACCCCCCAGCAGCCGAGUGACACUUCCUGGAUGUGUCUCAACCAACAAUACUCGCACUGGAACAGCCCACAAAGGUCACUCUCCCCAUUUUCCAUAGACCAACAAAUGAUCAACACAUCCACCCGCUGCCUGACUUCAGCGAACCUGCUCCAAAUCUACCACGACGUGUUAGAGUAUAGCCUAUCCUGUUGGUUGAGCGAGAUGACUUGUCCCUACCAAGCGGGGUCACGAAGUAUCCCUCAGAGUAAACACGAGCGGGGCUCCUCACGGUCUAACAUGAUAUACCAGCGUACCAUUAGGCUCGAUCGCGUCGCACAGUCUUGCAACCUUCUUCAACUGACACACGCUGAGGACCAGGCCGCGUCCAAGGCUUUGCACCUUGCAAUCAUGGCGUUCGCUACGCAGUGGGCACAGGGCAGUCACCGGCACCGCGAGAAAUAUCCGACCAGGCCUCUUGAUAAUGGCGAGGACGAUAUUCCAGGUGAUAUCACUGAAGAAUUUGACCGCAUUCUCCAGCGCCAAUUUUGGGACCAGGCACAGCGUGCACUCCAAGAAGUCACCGAUUUGGAGUCUUAUAGAGUGGCAUGUGCGGAGCUGAUCUUUGGCUUGACACAACGGCCAUGGAAUCCCGGCAAUCGGCCCCCUGGACAGGAUAUACAAGGGCAAGGCCACAAUUUUGCUACAGAAUCAGUCCAGAUAAGAUUGAACAAUAUAAUAAACAAUGAGGGGCCACCAAUAUACAUGGAGAGAGCAGCUCGAAAAAUGCACGCACUGAAGUAUCGCUGUGACAUGCUCGAGAAGGGCCUUGGCAGGCAGUGCGGCGGUCGCGAGAAGGGCGUCUACGGGAUUGAGGCCAUGAGUGCCGAAGAUCGAGAGACAGUCGGCCUACUCUACUGGAUGGCUAUCAUGUGUGACACCCUCUCCUCGUCCAUGAACGAACGACCGGUCGUGGUACAGGAUCAGGACUGCGAGCACGAAGGGCAAAAGGAGGCCCAGGAUGUGGGGAAUAUCGAUAAAUCUGUUGGAGGAGGUCGGUGGAAUCUCGAUCUUUUUCUGCCAGGAACUCUCGAGCAGACGCAUCGAACGCACUGGCCUUGUUCCUAUGAGGCCGCCGCUGAAGACAUCAUCAAGUCAGCGCCAGUCAAGGUUCUUCUCUUCCGCCAUCUAUCUUACCUACAAAAUGCCAUUCGCAAGAGUUCCCCUCAAGAUCAGAUCGAAGACAUUCUUCAGAUGGCGGUGCUGCUAUAUGAAUACUGGAACAGAACACACGGCGCCUUCUUCGAUGAACUGAUGCAGAACUACCAUGCGGUUCCGCAGCGCAUACAGGGCUGGUUUCUCUGUAUCUCUGCGCACUGGUAUCUUGCUUCUCUAAUGCUUGCCGAUCUGCUUGAAUUUAUUGACGACAAUUCCCUGGGUGCAGAGGGUGCAACUCAUAUUCGUUUCGCCAAUCAAAUGGCGAGGAGAAUGAGGAUGCACAGUGCCAGGGAGCUAUCACAUCUGGCGAGAGUCGGUACACCGUCUACUAGUAGUAAUAAUAACCUAGGUGUGCCGCAGAUGUCAGAAUUCCACCACGCUGUCAACGAGGGCACGCUCUUGACCGAGCCAUGGACGAUUAUUUUGAUCAGAGCAUUCACCAAAGCUUGUAUGGUCUUUCUAGGUGACGCAGAUGAGUUCUUGUGCUACCCCGGGACUACUUUCGGGCAUAAUAGUCAUGAUCUUGAGCGAAACAUGGAGCAGGCCGAGGAUUGUAUCAAGGGGUUGUGGCUACUGGGUAAAAAGUCGGAUAUGGCACGGGAGAUUACCGAGAUACUUUCACUCACCUUGGAAGAGUUGCGGAAUCGUAUAUAG